GCGCCCACAGCCCGGACGGCGCCCGGCGCGGCGAGCCACGGCCGGCCAGCAUAAAUAUGGCUGAACUUUCAGAGCCAGAAGGUACUGUAAACUGGAAGGAAAGAUGUUUAACUUUAGAGUCACAGUUAAUGAAAUUUCGUCUCCAAGCAAGCAAGAUCAGAGAAUUGCUAGCGGAAAAGAUGCAGCAGCUUGAGAAACAAGUUAUAGAUGCUGAUCGUCAAGCAGAGAGAGCAUUUCAGCAGGUGCAGGUCAUGGAAGAAAAAUUAAAAGCAGCAAAUGUUCAAACGAGUGAAUCAGAAACCAGGCUAUAUAAGAGAUGUCAAGAUCUGGAGAUCCUGAUACAAGAUAAAAAUGACAUAAUACAAAAAUUGGAGAAACAGCUUGAAGAACAGAAGCAAAUAAGACUGCAAGAAGCAAAAAUCAUAGAAGAAAAAGCAGCUAAAAUAAAAGAAUGGGUGACAGUCAAGCUUCAUGAGUUAGAGGUGGAAAAUCAGAACCUUCGCUUGAUCAACCAAAAGCAAACCAAAGAGAUGAAAACAGUACAAUCUAAACUGCAAGAGGCUACUGGCAAGAAAUCUGUUACUUCAACACAAAAACCCGGAGAGUGUCAGCGACUAAGCGGUUUGACUUUUGGAUGCUUUUCAAAUAGAGCAAGAAGUCCUCAACCAUCUCCUAAGUUUGAAGAAAUAAGCAAGUCUUCAUCUAAAGAGCCAGACUACACUGAAGGCAAAAACAUGCCAGAGAAGGAUAUCCUGGAAACUACCUUUGAUAGUCCUGCACAUGAGACAAAUAAAGGUCAGAAGUCAUUGCAACAAAGUUCCUCUGGUUCAGAGCAGAAAAAAAUUGUGAGAACAAGCUGUUCAUCCAAAGAUAUAGACAGUGACAUGUCAAAGAACUCGUGCACUACUGGGAGUGACUGGAGCUCAGAUGAGGAUGGAGGAGACAAUAAAGGACUGAAAUCCAGGUGUGCAUCGACUCUUUCAAGCCACACAUCUGAAGAGAAUGCAAGGUACAGUAGAGUGGGAAGUGAAAUGUAUUUGACAGCAUCUGAUGACAGUAGUUCUCUAUUUGAAGAAGAGAGUUUUGGUGUUAAGAGGACUCAGCAAAAGAAGUUAUACUCCUGGCAGCAAGGAUCCCAAAGAAAAGGCCAGAACAAUCCGGGUGGAAAGUGCAACUCUGACUUCACAAGUAAAAAGAAAGACCAAGAUAGUUCUUCAGAUGAACUGAAUAAGAAAUUUCAAUCUCAGAGGCUAGAUUAUUCAUCCUCAUCCAGUGAAGCAAAUACCCCAAGUCCAAUUUUAACCCCUGCUCUGACACCCAGACACCCAAUUCUAGCAUCUUCUGCAGGUUCUCAAUGCACAACUCCAUCAAAUUCUCCCUCAAAUUUGCCACCUCCAAAGUUACGGACUCCUAAUGUUUUUAGUCUGAAUUCACCUUUAGCAAAGAAACACCUAAGUCAGCCCCAACUGAGUUCUGACAGAAUGUUUGGUAGAAAUAGAAAUGCCAUAAGCAUGAUACGUCCAUGGAGACCUCAGGAAACAGACAUAGAUCUGGUGGAUGGAGAAGAUACUGAUAUUUUAGAUAAAAUGGAGAUUGGCUGUGAUGGAGUGUUUACUUAUGACUGCACUGAAGCACAAAAUGCUGAAGUCCAGGAACCUUGUGAAAUGACAAAAAAGGGUGCUAGCAACAAACCUCCAACCCCUCCAUUACAUCGAUUUCCUUCCUGGGAAAGCAGAAUUUAUGCUGUAGCCAAAUCUGGUUUAAGGAUGUCUGAAGCUUUCACCCUGGAAUCUCGUAAUAAAAGUGCUGUUUCACUAACUUCAUGCUCCAUAUCCGGAUUAUAUACAUCUCUGAUAUAUAAGAACAUGACCACUCCUGUCUAUACCACUUUGAAAGGGAAAGCAACUCAAAUAAGCAACAGCCCAUUUAUAGAUGAGUCAUCGGGAUCAGAGGAAGAAGACAGCUCUCGGUCCAGCUCAAGGACUUCUGAGUCUGAUUCUCGAAGCAGAAGUGGUCCAGGUAGUCCUCGGGCUAUGAAACGAGGUGCGUCUCUGUCUUCUGUGACCUCGGAAAGCGACUAUGCUAUUCCUCCAGAUGCAUAUUCAGUAGAUACAGACUAUUCAGAGCCAGAGCAGAAACUUCCUAAGACCUCGUCCUCAUCUAGUGAUAAUGGAAAAAAUGAACCUUUGGAAAAAUCUGGAUAUCUGUUAAAAAUGGGUGGUAAAGUAAAGACCUGGAAACGACGCUGGUUUGUGCUUAAAGGAGGCGAAUUACUAUAUUACAAAUCUCCAAGUGAUGUCAUUCGAAAACCUCAAGGUCAAAUUGAGCUAAAUGCAUCUAGCCAUAUUGAAAGGGGUGAUGGAAAACAAACAAUUCAGGUGACCACAGAAAAACGAACAUACUACCUGACUGCAGAUUCUCCCAACAUCUUAGAAGAAUGGAUCAAAGUACUACAGAAUGUUCUUAAAAUACAGGCUGCCAGCCCACUCUUCAUAAAGUCAGAAAUCAAGCCAACCAUGAAAGGAUUACUUACAAAGGUGAAACAUGGAUAUUCCAAAAGAGUUUGGUGUGCCCUAGUUGGAAAAAUUCUGUAUUAUUUCCGUAAUCAAGAAGACAAGUUUCCUCUUGGCCAAAUCAAGCUUUUUGAGGCAAAGGUUGAAGAAGUUGAUAGAUCCUGUGAUUCUGAUGAAGAUUAUGAAGCUAGUGGUCGCAGUUUAUUAUCAACCCAUUACACUGUAGUUAUCCACCCCAAAGACCAAGGACCCACCUAUCUUCUUAUUGGAUCCAAACAUGAGAAGGACACAUGGCUUUAUCAUCUGACAGUUGCAGCUGGAAGUACCAGUGUAAAUGUUGGAUCUGAGUUUGAACAACUUCUUUGCAAAUUAUUAAAUGUGGAAGGAGAUGCCACUUCUCAGAUUUGGAGACAUCCUACCCUUUGCCAUAGUAAAGAAGGAAUUACUUCCCCUCUUACAACAUUGCCAUCAGAAGCCUUGCAAACUGAAGCAAUUAAAUUAUUUAAGACCUGCCAGUUGUUUAUAAAUGCUGCAGUUGACUCUCCUGCCAUUGAUUACCAUGUAUCUUUGGCCCAAAGUGCUUUGCAGAUCUGCCUCACACAUCCUGAACUUCAAAAUGAGAUCUGUUGCCAGCUUAUUAAACAGACUAGACGUCGGCAUCCACAAAACCAGGCAGGACCAAUACAGGGAUUGCAGCUCUUGGCUCUCUGCGUUGGACUCUUUCUGCCCCAGCACCCAUUCCUUUGGCUUCUUAAACUUCAUUUAAAGAAGAAUGCAGAUUCCAGGACUGAGUUUGGGAAAUAUGCAAUCUAUUGUCAGCGAUGUGUAGAACGUACCCAGCAGAAUGGAGACCGAGAAGCAAGACCUUCCAGGAUGGAAAUCCUUUCCACUCUUCUUAGAAAUCCCUACCACCAUUCACUGCCCUUUAGUAUUCCAGUUCAUUUCUUGAAUGGCAUAUAUCAGGUUGUUGGGUUUGAUGCCUCUACCACAGUGGAGGAAUUUCUGAACACCCUGAACCAAGAUACAGGGAUGAGGAAACCAGCUCAGUCAGGAUUUGCACUGUUUUCUGAUGAUCCCUCUGGCAAGGAUAUAGAGCACUGCCUUCAAGGAAACAUCAAGAUCUGUGACAUUAUUUCAAAAUGGGAGCAAGCCUCCAAAGAACAACACCCUGGGAAAUGUGAAGGCACAAGGACUGUACGCCUUACUUACAAAAAUAGGCUUUAUUUUUCAGUUCAAGUUCAUGGGGAGACAGAGAGAGAGAAGCUGCUGUUAGUAUAUCAGACAAAUGAUCAAAUAGUCAAUGGACUUUUCCCAGUAAACAAAGAAUUAGCGAUGGAAUUGACGGCUCUUUUAGCCCAGGUAGAGAUUGGAGAUUUUGAACGGCCUUUCUCAACUCCAGCAGGGCAAGUUACUUCCCAGUCCAAGUCCAACCAAACAUUAAAACAAGUUUUGGAGAGAUUCUACCCUAAGAGAUACAGGCAAGGUUGUUCAGAGGAACAGCUAAGACAGCUUUGUCAGCGAUUGUCUACAAGAUGGAUGGCUCUCCGGGGGCACAGUGCUGCAGACUGUGUGCGCAUUUAUCUCACCGUAGCCAGGAAAUGGUCUUUCUUUGGUGCCAAACUGUUUGCAGCAAAACCUCUGUCAAUAUCCUCAGAUGACAAGUCCUUCAUAUGGUUUGCUGUACAUGAGGAUGGCAUAAGCAUCCUGGAUUACAGUUCUAUGCGAUUAACAGUUACAUAUUCAUAUAAGAGCCUGAUGACUUUCGGAGGCUAUCAAGAUGAUUUUAUGUUGGUUGUUAACAAUGCUCAGACAAAGGACAGAACAACGGAAAAACACCUUUUUGCCAUGACAAAACCAAAGAUUCUUGAGAUCACUCUACUGAUUGCCAGCUACAUUAACAACUUUCAUCAGCUGAAAGGAGCUGCUCAUCACCUCUCUGCUCCAGCGUUACUGGCACCUCAAAGUGGACAGAAACUCAAGGAAAUGGGGAGUCAGCCACUUCUUGCAAUCAACAGACCAACUAAAUGUCCCACUUUGUUAUGAAAGGAUUAUGUAUCAUGAUAAUCUUCAUUAGAGGGUUUCUACACUGAUAGAAAACCUUCUGAUGUACAAGACAUAGAGCAUAAGCAGGUCCAUAAACAAAAGAAAGGUGGACAGGUUUAUAUUCAUUUCAGAGGCAUGUAACAGGAGUAGCCCUUUAAUUAAAGCCCUGGCCUGAACUGGAAUGAUGAUGAGCCACUCUAGGGAUUAUGCUUUACUGGUGGUCACUUGUGCCCACAAUUGUUCCCUGGCAUUGGGAACAAUUGUCUAGAUUUUAAUAGAUUUUUCCAGAUAUAUACUCAGGGACCAAACUCUCUUCAGCUCUCUUCACCUGUUCAUCUCUAUUUUUCAAAAUUAUACCAGUUGUAUAACCUUCAUUUUGAAAAGGAAUUUUGUUUAAAAGAACAGUCAAAUACAAAACAAUUUCCACUUCCAGAACUAUUUUUAUUUGCAAUACAAGCACCGUGGGACUAAAAAGAACGAAUUGUGUGUAAUUGUUUCUCCUCUAAAAAAACCCCAAGCGUAAGCACAUCGUGUAACUAUUACAAAAAAGAGCAUUCUCAUGAUACACUCUAGGCUUUGUUACACAGCUAUUUUACUUGGCAAAUCUUCAGCCUUGGUCUGGUCAAUUUGUAAAUAAGCCCUCUCUGCUCCAUCCUUUUGAAAAAAUCUAAAUUGUAAGGGCACUGGUUUUUAGUACAGUUUUGUUAAACAAGAUCCUAUAACUAAUUUCUUUAAUCCAGAAUAAUAAUAUAAUGCAGAUGGCAAGAAUGACUCACAAUUCAAAACACAAGAAUAACACAGACAACCAUUGCUCGAACUGUUGUGAGUAAACUAGGAGACAUAUAAAAUCCAUGUAUAAUAUGUUUAAUGUAUAUACACUGAGUCAUAAUAUUAUUUUGUAAAAGUCAUGGUUUUUGUUUUUAA